AUGGCUACAAUUGGAAUGUGUGAAACACCCGGUUGCAAGUCCAUUGCACAGUUACAAUGCCCAACAUGUAUAAAACUUGGGAUUCAGGGCUCGUUCUUUUGCAACCAGGACUGUUUUAAAAAGUCUUGGAAGUGGCACAAAGUUAUUCAUUCGCUAGCGAAGGGUGAAAGUACAGAUGGGUCCAACGUUGAUUAUAAUCCGUGGCCUUCAUAUAAUUUUACGGGGAAGUUAAGGCCGUACCCUCCAGGAUUAAAGAGGACGGUGCCUCCCCAUAUACAACGGCCGGAUUACGCAGACCAUCCCGAAGGAGACCCAGUUUCUGAGAAUGCUGUUAAAGGCUCUGGCCAGAUCAAAGUGCUGGACGAAGAAGAGAUCGAGGGAAUGAGAAUAGCUUGUCGUCUUGGCCGCGAAGUUCUGGAUGAAGCCGCCAAAGUUUGUGAUGUUGGUGUAACAACUGAUGAAAUUGAUAGAGUCGUGCAUGAGGCAUGUGUUGAACGGGAGUGCUACCCAAGUCCACUUAACUAUCACAACUUUCCAAAUAGCUGCUGCACAUCUGUCAAUGAAGUUAUUUGUCAUGGAAUACCCGAUUUACGUCCAUUAGAGGAUGGUGACCUAUGUAAUGUAGAUGUUACAGUCUAUCAUAGAGGGUUUCAUGGUGAUCUUAAUGAGACAUUCUUUGUUGGCAAAGUGCCAGAAUCCAGUAGGAAACUGGUGCAAGUCACAUACGAGUGUCUUCUAAAGGCAAUAGACAUUGUUAAACCAGGUGAAAAGUAUAGGGAAAUAGGCAAUGUUAUUCAAAAGCAUGCACAAGCUAAUGGUCUCAGUGUGGUACGCUCAUACUGCGGUCAUGGUAUACACAGACUGUUCCAUACAGCACCAAAUGUUCCACAUUAUGCCAAGAACAAAGCAGUAGGCGUGAUGAAGCCUGGCCACUGUUUCACAAUUGAGCCAAUGAUCAACGAAGGUGGAUGGCGCGAUGAGCAGUGGCCGGAUCAUUGGACAGCUGUCACAGCUGAUGGCUCACGGUCCGCUCAGUUUGAGCAGACCCUUCUAGUUACUGAGACUGGUUGCGAUAUACUUACAAAGCGAGAUGUCGGCUACCCAUGGUUCAUGGACCAACUGGAGAAACUGAAUGCAAAUUCU